ACUAAUUUAAAAGUAAUGACAUUUAUUUUCAUUCUACUAAAUGUAGCGGAGGCGUAUGGAUUGCCAUUACUUCCACCCUAUUUGGCACUGAAAAAUGGCGUAAAAGCCGAACAUGGAGUGAAUUUUGCGAUUGCUGGAGCUACUGCAAUUGCUGCUGAGUAUUUUUAUAGUAAGAAUAUUACAGUUUUAUGGACAAAUAUUUCAUUAACUGACCAGGUGGGAUGGUUUCAGGAAGUGAAGUCUAACAUUUGUGCCACGAGAAAAGAUUGUAGAGAAUACUUUAAAAAAUCACUAUUUAUAGUGGGAGAGAUUGGAGGCAAUGACUAUAACUACCCCUACUUUGUUGGUGGAAGCAUUAAACAACUUAAAGCUCUUGUACCAGCAGUAGUUGAAACAAUUAUUGAAGCAACAAGUGUAUUGAUAGAGGAAGGAGCAGUAGAAUUGAUAGUUCCUGGGAAUUUGCCAAUUGGGUGCUCAGCAUUGUACUUAACCUUGUUUGGCACUACAAACAAAGCAGCAUAUGACAAAAAUGGAUGUCUCAAAGCCUACAAUGCCUUCUCUAAAUAUCACAAUUCUCAGCUUAAACUCUCCCUUGAGAAAUUAAGAGAAGAAUAUCCUCAUGCAAAGAUCAUAUAUGCUGAUUAUUAUGGAGCUGCAAAGAGAUUGUUUCAUGCUCCAAAGCAUUAUGGUAAGUUAAUUUUAUUAUGAUGAACUUCUUAAUUA